UUUUUAUUUACCACUAAAGUUAAACUGUUCAGAAUAAAAUUAGAUCAAAAUAUUACUGGUUACUGUUUUUAUAUAUUUUUAAUAGUCCAAAAAGAAUCUUCAUAGUACAAGUGUAAUUAUUUGUGUUUACAUUUUAUAUUUAACCUAAAUUACAGGUACCGGUCAUACAUUUGUAAAUAAACGGCCGGGCCGUCGUAUAGGUACGUGUUGUACACAAAUCCCCAUCCCGUUUUAAAAAAAAAGAAACCCUUAUGACAAUUUGUAUAUUUUCCUAAUCAGUUUGUUAAAUAAAUUCCAUAGGUUAAAUCAUAGUUAACGGUUAGGGUUAUAUGGUUCGUAGAUAAAAACGAAAAAUGAUUGCGUGCUCGUUGGUAGAUAAAUGACUAGGAGUUUGAAAUGAUUGAAGGAAUGAGGACUCAUGGUCAGAAUUAAGGCACUUUCUUGGGGUUAAAUAAAGAUUUGGUCAUGUAUUUUAUGAAUAAGCAUAUAAGUUAUGUCUAGCUAUGACGAUAGUAUACUUUGUUGCUGUGAAUAUUACAACAGUAAACAAGAAAGGAGUCAUAUUCUAGGAUGUUGUUGUGAUUGUGAAGAUUUAGAUGAAAGCGUUGAAAGGCUGGUCGUGUGCGAGAGAGUGCCCUUGAGCCGCGUCGCGGGGGCCAUGAGCUCCUUCCAGGACCGCCUGAGGGUCCCGUGGCGCGGGGGAGCCAAGCAGGUGUCCCUGGACGCGGCGCUGCCCCUCGUGCUGCAGCCCCUGCUGGCGUGCCUGGCGGUGCAGGGGGCGUGGUGCACGGCGGCGGUGUUCGUGUCGGCGUGCGCGGGGGCGUGCUACCUGCGCAGGCUCUUCCCGAGGUUCCACCCGCGCUCCAAGUUCUUCCUGGUGUGGACGCUGACCUCGGCGGCGCUGCUGCUGCUGGUGUUCGAGGUGGACGUGGUGCCGCUCCUGGAGAUCCUGCCCGGGGAGAACGGCACGCUCGUGCUGCUGGUGCUGGCGGCGCUGGGCUGCGCUCAGGCCGUGCGUCUGCGCGCCCCGCUAUGCCACGCCGGCGCCGAGGAGGAGGGGGGCAUCCCCUGCGCCGUGUGCCGCCGCCUCGUGCCGCCGCGCACCUACCACUGCCGCACCUGCCAGGCGUGCGUGCUGGCCCGCGACCACCACUGCGUCUGGCUGGACUGCUGCAUCGGGGAGCGCAACCGGCACGUGUUCAUGCUGUCGCUGCUGCUGUCUGUCGCCUCGCUGGCGUACGGGGCCGUCCUCACGCUCACCACCGUCUGCCACCCGUUCUUCUUCAUGGAGCUGGUCCUGCUGCCGGACGACUGCAGCGACGUCUACCACGACAGCCAGAUGGCGCUGUGCUUCGUGAGCGCGCUGUACUGCCUGCUCUUGGCCGUGCUGCUGCUGGCGCAGCUGGUGCACCAGUGCGUGCUGGUGUCGCUGGGCCAGACGGGCCAGGAGUGGCGGCUGGCCGGCCGUCCUUGCUGCGGCCCGCGCUCGGACCGGCCCUACAGCCGGGGCCUGCUGCGCAACUGGGCGCGCUUCCUCUCCUGCCGCAAGGGCUGAGCGGCCUCGGCGACAUCUGCUAUUUGUCGCACACGCUUUCCCACGUCAAGAAUCCAUUCCCAUGUUGCUGUUGCAAUUGUCGGAUUAUUAAUUUAGAAGCGUCGUCGCACUCGUUUCACGAAGCAUCGAACUUACUGCAAGUCCGGCGGACGUCCGGUUAGCCAUCUCAUUGCAGGAGGCCAAUGACAAGUGCGAACAGGUAAAGACAGCGAGCGUUAAGUGGAACACCGAAUGAUGAUUGCAGUCACGGCCGUUUGAUACUUAUCGUCCGUGGUACCACGCUGCUUGCGUGGGUCGUCCCUGGAACUGUCUCGUGUCGCGACAGGGAGAGAGGUCGAAGAAGUCCGAGCGCAAGUUGUUUGGCAGCCACGUGUGUGGAAAACCAACUCGAUCAUGUUUGAUUUUAGUGAAACGUUUCGUGUGAAAACAGGGAUCCAUGGAAGAUAACUAUUUAAAGGUUUUUUUUUUUAAAAAUCAACAUUGCACAAUCACGCCUGUAAUUAAUUUUUUUUUUAAAUUUUAAAUAAUAUGUACAUUCUCAAACAAGUUCUGAAGGUAUAAAAACUAUGUAAAAUUAAA